AUGGAUUCAACAUAUACAGAUCUAGCCAAUAGGACAUUGAGACUACUUGAACGUUCAAAUAGUUAUAGAAUCUUGAUAUUAUUAAUAGGUGCCCCAGGUUCAGGAAAAUCAACAAUUGCCCAAAGAGUUAUCCAAAAGUCCACGGGUGUUGAAAGUUCAAUAGACCAAUUCGCACAAGUUGUUCCAAUGGAUGGAUUUCAUUUACCAAGACGUGUUUUACAUCAAUUUAAAGAUUCCAAGACUGCAAUUGCAAGACGUGGUUCACCAUUCACGUUUGAUUCAUCAUUAAUUGUUCAAUUGGUGGAGAAUAUUAAUGAAACGUUACAGAUCAAGGCAGAGGGUAUAGAUGCGCUAGAGACUGCGAUUUCUGAUAUACCUGAUAUUUAUAUUCCAAGUUUUAAUCAUGCGGAACAUGAUCCAAAACAAUUUGGGACUGUUAUUCAUUCAAGUUCAAGAGUUUUAAUAAUGGAGGGGUUAUAUUUAUUGUUGAAUGAACCUAUUGAUGAUGUUGAAGUUCCAAAUGGUAAAAAUUAUGAACUUUGGAAAAUCAUAACAGAUGAAGAUACUAUGCUUUAUCGUGUUGGUAAAAGACAUUUAAAUGCAGGUAUUGUGAAAACUUUGAAAGAAGGUGAAGAUCGUGUUAAGUUUAAUGAUUUGCCUAAUGGGAAAUUGGUUUAUGCAAAGAGUUUUAAAAGUGAUUUGAAUAUUUUCAGUAUUGAUGAUGAGAAUGAAAGUGUUUUAUAG